AUGGCUAAGAAAUGGCUAGAGCUGCUGAAAGAUACCCACCUGCAUUUACACAAGAAGCCUCGAGCAUAUGAUGAAACAGCUGAAAGCGAAGCAGCAGACAGCACCAACACAAGAAGAGGGGCUGGAUUUAGUAGCAGUGCCUCUGGAAAUUUAGCAUUUGGUUUGGGGACAUCUGGUCAAAAGGGAUUGGAAAUCAGUAGAGCUGGUUGGACUGAAAUAAACAGUAGGGGAUCUGCUGGAGGUGAAGCAAAAGGUUUUGGGUUGGAAGCCCGUAGCUCAGUUGGAACUGGGUCUUUUGGUUGGGAACUCGGAGCAGGGAAGGGCAUCAAUGCUGCAUUUGGUUUUGGAGCUUCUGGUUUGAGUUCAUUUGGUGCCAGUGGUGUUAGUAGCAAACUAGUUGAAAGAAACUGAGUGGUUAGAUCUGGAGAAUCCAUUUUCAAUAAUCUAGGUGACAUCAGUUUGGGAAAUCAGAAUACAUUUGUUGAUGAUAGCUUUGGAAAUUCGGAAUCCAAUUUAGGGGCUUCUGAGCAACAGGGAUUUGGAAUCACUGAAAUUGCAGGGGAUGGAUUGAGUGCCAGUGAAUCUGUUGAGGAUGGACUCAAAGGCUUUGCCCCUGAUGCCAGCACUUCAGGUGGCUCAAAUGCCAAAAAUGAGAGUGAAUAUCCUGGUGGUAUUUCUGAAGAUUCAGGACUCAGUUUGGGGUCAUCUGACCAGCAAGGAUUUGAAGUCGGUGAAAUUGGUGGGAAUGGAAACAGUAACAGUGGAUCUGCUGGGGCUGAGUACUUGAGUCUUGGAUCUGAUAUCAGUGCCUCAGGAGGAAACAUUUGGUCUUCUGGUUCUGGAAGUGGUGAAGGAAGGAAGGGUGUUACAGGCUCAUCUGACAACAGUACUUCUGGACCACUCAGUAUUCCAGAAAAAGGAUCCCAUAUUCCAGAAGCAACCCCGAAAUACUCAGAAACAAAUGCAAUUGUUGGUGAAGCUUCUACGUGGGGCACAGGAGCAUACAAAGCUUUCAAUGGCCGUGUCUUUUCCUUUGAGUCAUCAUGCACGUAUACCUUCUGCCGUCACUGCAUUGACUCUGGAGGAGAUUUCAAUAUUGAGGUCAAGCGAAGCAAUGAUAGUGAGAUUGAAAAAAUCGCAGUUAUAAUUGACAAUAACGACAUCUCUAUUUUUGGCGAUAUCAUUUUAGUUAACGGAGAAAGUGUACAGAUACCAUAUAACAAUAAGUUGAUUCACAUUAAAAAAUACGGAGAACAUAAUGUUCUGAAUAGCCGUAGAGGAAUCCUGUCUCUGAUGUGGGACAAAAUUAACAAGCUCUCACUCACUCUUCACAAGCAAUAUCCAACUUGUGGUCUUUGUGGUAACUUCAACAGCACUCCAGGAGACGAUAUCAAUGAGCACAUUGCCAACAGUAAAAUUCCUGGUAAUUGUCCCAAUGCUGUUAGUAAAAGCUAUGAAGUCUGUGAAGACGGAGUAGAGUACUGUGACAAAAUUAUUGGAACCUACUUUGAGCAGUGUGGGAAGGUUAGCGCUUUAUCCAAUGACUACAGAAUGAUCUGCAUCAGCGAGUAUUGUCAAAAUAGAGACAAAAAUUCCACGUGUGACACUUACUCAGAGCUGUCCCGCCUCUGCGCUUCAGAUGGUCCUGGCACCUAUGAAUCCUGGAGAGAUGAUUCCGAUGUGGUUUGUGAAAAACCGACAUGCCCAGAAAACCAUAUCUACAAAGAAUGUGGUCCCUCAAAUCCUGCAACUUGUUCUAAUGUAGCUCCUUUUCAAGACAUUGAAUGUGUGAGUGGCUGCACCUGUCUAGAAGGCUAUCUAUUGGAUGACAUUGGAGAGAAAGGGAAAUGUGUGCUGAAGGCUGACUGUCCCUGUGAAUCUAAUGGAAAAGUGUAUCAGGCAGGAGAAGUCCGUGAAGGUCCUUGUGGUUCGGAGUGCACGUGCCAAGAAGCAAAGUGGUCCUGCACUGAACUGUUAUGUCCUGGAAGAUGUAAGGUGGAAGGAAGCUUGAUUACGACUUUUGAUGGUGUUAAAUACAACCAUCCUGGAAACUGUCACUAUCUGGCUAUCCACGACGAAGACUGGUCUAUUAGCGUUGAGCUUCGUCCAUGUCCAAGUGGUCAGUCAGGAACGUGCUUAAAUAGUGUUACACUCCUCUUGAAUUCGUCUGUUUCAGUUGACAAAUAUAUAUUCAAUAGAGAUGGAACAGUCACAAAUGACAAGAUUAGAAAUCAAGGUUAUUACUAUUCAGACCAAAUACAGAUCUUCAAAGUAUCUUCCUCAUACCUUCAAGCAGAAACAUACUUUCAUACAAAAAUACAAAUACAAAUUGCUCCUGUGAUGCAAUUAUAUAUUUCCAUGCCACCCAACCAAUUCACAGACACUGUAGGACUCUGUGGUUCCUACAACAACAGAGCAGAGGAUGAUUUCAUGUCAAGUCAGAAUAUAUUAGAGAAGACAUCUCAGGCGUUUGCGAGUUCUUGGGAAAUGAUGUCCUGUCCUAAAGGAAGCUCUGCUUCAUGCAUCAGCAUAGAAACAGAAAGGUUUGCUGAAAAGCACUGUGGAAUUCUUCUUGAUUCAAGUGGGCCCUUUGCUUCCUGCCAUCCAAUUGUGAAUCCUAAAUUGUACCAUGAGGAAUGCAAAAAAUACACUUGUACUUGUGAAAACAGUCAAGACUGCCUGUGUACAAUUUUAGGCAACUAUGUGAAAGCAUGUGCUGAGAAGGAAACUUACAUUGAAGAAUGGAGAAACGGACGAUGUGAUCAUUCUUGUCCGAGUGGCCUCGUUUUCAAGUACAAUGUAAAAGCCUGUAAUACUUCCUGCCGCUCAUUGUCAGAGAGAGACAGGAGCUGCGAUGUGGAAGAUGUUCCAGUUGAUGGAUGCACCUGCCCUGAUGGAAUGUACCAGAACAAUGAAGGGAACUGCGUUCCAAAGUCUCAGUGUGACUGCUACAUAAAUGACGAAGUCAUCAAGCCAGGCAAACUCAUAAGUAUUGAUGACAAUAAAUGUGUCUGUCAAGAUGGAAUUCUUCUUUGCCAGACUCCAAUUGAUUUAACCCUACAGAAUUGUUCUGGAGGGGCUGAAUACAUUGACUGCAGUGACCCCAAGGCCCAGACAAGAGUUGACACCACGUGUAGCACUCGGAACAUACCUAUUUUUGAUGAGAACUUGCCUUGCAGACGUGGGUGCUACUGCCCAGUAGGCAUGGUUCGAAAUUCUAAAGGGAACUGUGUCUUUCCCGAAGACUGCCCUUGCUCUUUUGGUGGAAGAGAGUAUGACCAAGGAAGUGUCACCCCAGUUGGCUGCAACAAAUGUACUUGCAUAAAAGGAUCUUGGAACUGUACACAAGAUGAGUGUCAAACCACCUGCCACAUCUAUGGGGAAGGUCAUGUUAGAACUUUUGAUGGAAGAAGUUACAGCUUUGAUGGUCUCUGCCAGUAUUCAUUUCUCGAGGAUUAUUGCGGUGACGAAAAUGGCACAUUCCGUAUUUUAACUGAAAGUGUCCCAUGCUGUGAAGAUGGGCUUACAUGCUCAAGAAAAAUUAUAGUUGCUUUUCAGGAUCAGAAUGUUGUCUUGCAUGAUGGUAAAGUAACAGCAGUCAAAACUACAGAAAGUAAGGAAUGUGAACUCGAUGGAAAUUUGUACACAGUACAUACUGUUGGCCUGUACUUGGUUCUGAAAUUUUCAAAUGGAAUAACCGUGAUUUGGGACAAAAAUACAAGAAUGUCUGUUAUACUGGAUCCACGCUGGAAUGGUAAAGUAUGUGGUCUUUGUGGAAAUAACAAUGGCGAUCUCAAGGAUGACUUCACGACGAGAUACUCAUCAGUCGCAGCUGGAGCCCUGGAAUUUGGAAACAGCUGGAAAACAAGCCAAGAAUGUUCAGACACAGUAACUCAAACUUUCCCGUGCGACUCCAACCCCUACUGUAAAGCCUGGGCUGUGCGGAAGUGUGAGCUCAUCCGGGACAGCACGUUCCGGGACUGCCACAGCAAGGUGGACCCCAGCGAGUACUACGAUGCGUGCAUCGAGGAGGCCUGCGCGUGUGACAUGGAGGGGAAGUACCUGGGAUUCUGCACGGCCGUGGCGAUGUACGCGGAGGCUUGCAGCGCGGUCGGGGUCUGUGUCACGUGGAGAAAGCCAGAUCUCUGUCCUGUCUACUGUGAUUAUUAUAAUGCACCGGGGGAGUUCAGCUGGCAUUAUGAACCUUGUGGGACAGUGACUGCAAAAACAUGCAAAGAUCGAGUCAUUGGCCAGAAAUUUUCCGCACUUUUGGAAGGCUGUUAUGCUACGUGCCCGGACAGCGCCCCCUAUCUGGAUGAGAACACCAUGAAAUGCGUCAGUUUAUCUGAGUGCAGCUGCUUCUACAACGAUGUCAUACCAGCAGGUGGAGUGAUCCAAGAUAACUGUGGAAGAACAUGCUAUUGCAUCGCAGGAGAGUUGGAGUGCAGUGAAACUGCUCCUACAAAUGCUACAUUCACAGUUUCUACUACAAUGGCUACCUCCGUGUUAAGCACUGAAACAGGCUCAGGCACAAGCGGACCGUCACCUGCAGCGGCAUCCGGGGCACCGGGAGGAACGUCCGCUGAAGCGCGGGUCUCCGUGGCAGGCGCAGGGACCACUGGACCAGCCGCUGGAGGAGAAUCACGGUCCGGGGCACCGGGAGGAACGUCCGCUGAAGCGGUAGGAACCACCGGAGCAGGAGGUGAAGUGACAGGAACAGCUGGAGUCCCCGGCGCAGGCUCCCGGGCCACUGAAGCGUCGUCCGGCGUACCAGGGAGGACGGGAGCAUCGUCUGCAGUACCAGGGCCAGCAACGACUCGGGUCUCCGUGGCAGGCGCAGGGACCACUGGACUGCCAGCAACGACUCGGGUCUCCGUGGCAGGCGCAGGGACCACUGGAUCAUCAGCUGGACUGCCAGCAACGACUCGGGUCUCCGUGGCAGGCGCAGGGACCGACAGCGGGACGACCAGCGCCUCCGCCUUAGGCUCAGGCACAAGCGGACCAGCUGGAGCCGCGGGGACAACUGUCUCAGCCGGCGGGCUGAGCGGAGCGACCAGCGCCUCCGCCUUAGGCUCAGGCAGCGGAGCGACCAGCGCCUCCGCCUUAGGCUCAGGCACAAGCGGACCGUCGCCUGCAGCGGCAACUGUCUCAGCCGGCGGGCUGAGCGGAGCGACCAGCGCCUCCGCCUUAGGCUCAGGCACAAGCGGAGCGACCAGCGCCUCCGCCUUAGGCUCAGGCACAAGCGGACCGUCGCCUGCAGCGGCAGGGACCACGCCAGUCUCUGCCGUAGGGUCAGGAGCAACGAGCGCCUCGUCUGGAGUCGUAUCAGGGACAGCGGGAGUGCCAGCUGGAGCCGCGGGGUCCGGGGCACCGGGAGGAACGUCCGCUGAAGCGGUAGGAACCACCGGAGCAGGAGGUGAAGUGACAGGAACAGCUGGAGUCCCCGGCGCAGGCUCCCGGGCCACUGAAGCGUCGUCCGGCGUACCAGGGAGGACGGGAAGUGGCUCACCGUCUGGAGCGGCUGGGACCACGCCAGUCUCUGCCGUAGGGGGCUCACCGUCUGGAGCGGCUGGGACCACGCCAGUCUCUGCCGUAGGGGGAGUCGUAUCAGGGACAGCGGGAGUGCCAGCUGGAGCCGCGGGGACAACUGUCUCAGCCGGCGGGCUGAGCGGAGCGACCAGAACGUCCGCUGAAGCGGUAGGAACCACCGGAGCAGGAGGUGAAGUGACAGGAACAGCUGGAGUCCCCGGCGCAGGCUCCCGGGCCACUGAAGCGUCGUCCGGCGUACCAGGGAGGACGGGAGCAUCGUCUGCAGUACCAGGGGCAACGGUGUCAUCAGCUGGACUGCCAGCAACGACUCGGGUCUCCGUGGCAGGCGCAGGGACCACUGGACCAGCCGGAGUCGUAUCAGGGACAGCGGGAGUGCCAGCUGGAGCCGCGGGGACAACUGUCAGCGGAGCGACCAGCGCCUCCGCCUUAGGCUCAGGCACAAGCGGACCGUCGCCUGCAGCGGCAUCCGGGGCACCGGGAGGAACGUCCGCUGAAGCGGUAGGAACCACCGGAGCAGGAGGUGAAGUGACAGGAACAGCUGGAGUCCCCGGCGCAGGCUCCCGGGCCACUGAAGCGUCGCCCGGCGUACCAGGGAGGACGGGAGCAUCGUCUGCAGUACCAGGGGCAACGGUGUCAUCAGCUGGACUGCCAGCAACGACUCGGGUCUCCGUGGCAGGCGCAGGGACCACUGGACCAGCCGCUGGGAGCGGGGGCCUCUGGGACAGCUGCGCCAGCUGUCACAGGCUCGGGGGGCAGCUGCCCAUUCAUCUGGAGGAGCAGCGACCACCGUUGCUGCAGGGUCGGGAACAAGCGGACCUGCAGGUGCUGCUACCGGGACCAGGGGAGCGGGGCCUCUGGGACAGCUGCGCCCAGCUGUCACAGGCUCGGGGCAGCUGGCCCCAUCAUCUGGAGGAGCAGCGACCACCGUUGCUGCAGGGUCGGGAACAAGCGGACCUGCAGGUGAGGAAGGAGCGAGGACAAGUGCCGCGCUCAGAGCGGCUGGGACCACGGACAGCGGGAGUGCCAGCUGGAGCCGCGGGGACAACUGUCUCAGCCGGCGGGCUGAGCGGAGCGUCUAACAGGGAAAGAAUUGUCACUACUGAAAUAGAUGUUUCAAGAGGUACUUCAGGAGAAUCCUCUAGGUCAACCGCAUCUGGAAGUUCCUAUGCCGGCACCACUGCAGGACCAGAAGGCCAAGCAACUGAGAGUGUGACAGGCACUACUAGGGUCAUCCCUGGCACAACCGUUGCCCCUGGCAGUUCCAAUACAGAGGCUACAACUUCUGUAGGAGAAAGUGGAACCACAAGAGCUGUAAUAAUCACAGGAACAACUGGGAGCAUCUCUGGGAAAAGUCUGGAACCUGGAAGUGCCAGCACAGAAGCCAAAACUCCCCCAGGAGGCAGUGGCACCACCCAGGGAGGACUGCCAGGAGGUACCACUAGGGAACUGUCUGGGACAACCAUCACAUCUCGAGGUUCUAACACAGAGGCUACAACUUCCACAGAAGAAACCAGAACUGGAGCUCAAACAGGAGCCCAGGCCACUGUACCAGGGAGCCAGGUCUCUAGCAUCCAAACUGUGAUUUCAGGUACCAGUGGGGUAGUCUCCAACCCAACUAUUGCAUCUUCAAGUUCCAGCACUGGUACCAUGGUUAUUGCCUUAGGUACAACUGUUGCACCUGGAAGUUCCAAAACAGAAGCCACAACUUCCACUGGAGUCAUUAAAACUUCUGCAGUGGGGUGGAAAAUAGAUGAGAAUUACUGGGAGUGGGGGAAGAUAGUAGAAGUGAUAAAUUGUCUAGAAAGCUUUCUUUUUCUACUUGCCAUUUUAGAUGUCACCAUGAAGUUAAGUGAAGGAAAGACGGUCCUGCAUGGUUCUUUUUCAGGAGCUACCACUGGAGUAUCAGUAAAUGAAGGAACUGGAAGCACAUUAGGCACCACCAGGGUAGCUUUUGGCACUACACUUGAACCUGGGAGCUCGAACACAGAAGCUACAACACCCUCUGGAGGCAAUGGGACCACAGGAAGUGGAAUCAAUACAGGGGGAUCAAGUAGCCAAGUCACUGGUAUCCUAAUAGUUACUACUGGAGUGAACCCUGGCAGGACCACCUCAUCUGGAAGUCCCAACACAGGAGCCACCACUGGCACAUCUGAGAGGCCAAGCCCUGGAAGUGAAACAGGUACCACUGGUGUAGCCUCCGGCACAACGGUUGCAUCUGGAAGCUCUAACACAGGGGCCACCACUUCUUUGGGAAGUGGGGAGACCACCCAGAGUGGAAUUAAAAUAGUUACCGCUGGAGGAACUGCUGGCACAACCAUCCGACCUGGGAGUUCCAACACAACGGCUACAACUUCUCCAGAAGUCAGAGCUACGACUGGAGCUGAAACGGCAAUUGGUACCAUUAAGGUAGCCUCUGGCACAACAGUUAUUCCUGGAAGUUCCAGCACAGGCAAGUCAACAUUUAGUACUGCUGUGGUACCAAGCAGAAUUACUGGUGUCCCAGAGACCUCCAGCCCAGGUCCCUCCAAGGAAGCAUCUGAAACAACCACCGCUCCUGGAAUUUCUACCACAGCCUCCAUCUCAGUGUCAACAACAAGCCCCACAGUAUCCUACCCAGAAACCACUGUAGUAGCAACAGGAGAUCAAGAAACUGAAAAUAAAACAGAUCAGUGAUGUCCAGAAUCACUUCCACCACCUCCAGUUUGUCAUGGCCCACUGGGAGAAGAGAAGUCUCCUGGAGACAUAUGGACUGCCAACUGCCACCAGUGCACCUGUACCAAUGAGAAUGCUGUAGACUGUACGCUCAAGGAAUGCCCUUCUCUACCGACAUGUAAAGCGGAAGAGAGGCUUGUAAAGUUCAAAGAUAAUGAUACCUGCUGUGAAAUCGGAUACUGUGAACCAAGAACAUGUUUAUUUAACAAUACCGACUAUGAGGUUGGUGAUUCAUUUGAUGACCCCAACAACCCAUGUGUCUCCUACACUUGCCUCAACACUGGUUUGACUGCAGUGGUCCAAGACUGCCCGAAGCAGACCUGGUGUGCAGAGGUAAACAGAGUCUAUGAUUCAAAGAAAUGUUGCUAUACAUGUAAUACUAAGUGUACAUCUUCUCCCGUGAAUGUGACUGUUAACUACAAUGGUUGCAAGAAAAAAGUUGAAAUGGCAAAAUGCGUAGGGGAAUGCAAAAAGACUCUCACGUACAACUAUGAUAUGUUUCAGCUGGAAAAUUCGUGCCUUUGCUGCCGAGAAGAAAACUACGAGUACAGAGAAAUUGCCCUUGAUUGUCCUGACGGCAGUGAAACAGUUUACAGAUACAGGCACAUCACCACCUGCUCCUGUGUAGACCCAUGCCAGUCUCAGACCUCGAUAGUCAGUUAACAACAGCAUUACCUUUCCAGUUGUAACAGGCUGGGCAUUUACUUUAUAAGUGACGAAGAAUAAUCACCAAAUCGUGAGAGUGACGAGACAUUGGCAUCUCACUCAGAAAGUGGGCUGUCAUUAUAAGGCAUUUUGUUCUCCUGUCUGCUGGAUCCAAAAGUAAAUAAACAAGUACA